GCCCGGUGACACGACCUGGGAGAGAGGUGACGUUCGUGAUGUCACGGAACGCUGGGCCUCCUAUUGUAAAGUCACAAGCUCUAGGCCCCACCCUUUAUCUGUCCGUCCCUGGCUUCAACCGGCGUUCCUACCCAGGGCCGGGGCGUGGCGAUGAAGGGCGGGCGAGAUCUUAAGCUAGCUCCCGGCGGAGCAGACCGCCCCCUGGCUCCAGCCUACGCCCCGUGCCGCCCUGGGCGCCUCCAACGCCACCUCCUGAGCGGCGAGUUCGACCAGCUGCGCGACUUUCCCAUCUUUGAAAGCAACUUCGUGCAGGUGACGCGGUUUGGAGAAGUCGCCAACAAGGUCACCAUGGGGGUGGCAGCCUCUAGCCCUGCCCUGGAGCUGCCAGAUCUGCUGCUGCUGGCUGGCCCUGACAAGGAGAAUGGACACCUGCAGCUCCUCGGGCUGUUUCCCUUGCAGUUUGUGCAGCUGUUUGUGCAUGACGUGAGCCGCCAGCAGCUCAAGGUCAAGUUCCGAACUGGCCGUGCCUUUUACUUGCAACUGCGCGCUCCGCCAGAGACCCGCGACUGCGAGUUUGGCCGCUGGGUGCGUCUGCUCUACCGCCUGCGAUUCCACUCGCCCACCUGCGCAGUGCCCUUCACGCACGAAGACACUGUGCCUGAGGAAGAGGAGGAGGAGGAGGAGGUCGAGGAGGGGCAGUUGACCCCCCCGGAGGUGAGGGCGGGACCUCGAGCCCAGGGAUGUUGGGCCAGGAAGGAUGGAAAGGGACCAGGUAGGCCUGCUGGGGGCCUGGACCCCUGGGUCUGAGGGAGGAAGGCUGGAUCCUGGAUACCUGGGUCUGAGGGAGGAGGGCUGGGGCCUGGACCCCUGGAUCUGAGGAAGGAAAACCAAUCCUGAUCGAUCUCUAGGCCUGAGGAGAGAAGAACGCCUCUCUUCUUCCAUCUUCUUAGGGGUUCUAAGGACAAGGCUAUAGGGUCUGUAGCAGACUAGGGUCUGUGUGGCUGGUAUUGCUAGCCCAUGUGCCCUAAAAGAGAGCACACAGCCCUCUCCUAGCCUCUGCUUGGCACCAAGUGGGUUCUAGGGAGAGAAGCCUACUCACUGAAUGGGUGAGCUACGCCUGGCCAUCCAUGCCCAGCUCCCUGUAAAGGGAACAGGAGAGGACAGUUGUGUCUUCCCAAGACUCCCACGGGCCCAUCCAUCUCAAAGUCAUAGCCUCAUGAUGGUCAGACUCUCAGAUGUGCACUCUUCUUAGUUUCAAGCCACAGAGGCCAGACUCGACCCACAGGUCUCAGAACUCUGGGGGCUCUGACUCAGACAAGAUGCUGCCCGAUCACCAGAGGACCACAAAUCAGGCCAGCUCAUCUCAGAGCCAGAGAAAUGGAUUUUUAAACUUAAUAAAGAUCAGGCUCUUAAGAACC